CCGAGGACGUUUACGCAGAUUUCCGUGGAAAGCGCAGAUUUUGCGUGAAAAUCUCAUCUCCGAAACUUACAUUUAAAACAGUUUGAAAAGUUUUAGUGAAAACAUAGUGCGAAAAUUUAACUUUUUGCAGUAUCUUGAAGUGUUGAAAAAGUUGUUGUCAUAGUAUUUUAAAAAUACAAGAGAUUACUAGUAUUUUUAGUGUGACAUUGGCCUGAUUUAUGUGUGUUAUUGAGGAAAGUGAUUUAGAAACAUAUUAAAAGAUGAAAAUUAUUACAAUGGAAUGUGGCAUUAAGAUGUGAAUAUAAAUUAUUUUUGUGUCUAAAUAAAUGAGUUACAAACUUAAAUAUGACGUCAGAAGUGACACUGGAUGAAUUGGGUGGUUUAAGUGAUUUGAGUUUGAACGUGAACUUAAGUGAAGCACUUGAAUUUGGCUCGGAACUAGACAAUAUAUUAUUUCAGCCGGAAAGUGUGUUGAUUGCUCUAUAUGUGCCACUAAUUUUAGUGUCUUUGGUGACCAAUAUCCUGCUCAUAGUGGUGGCUGUGAAAUGUCAUUAUACAAAAAAUGUAACGAACAUCUUCCUUGUGAACCUGUCAGCGGCCGAUCUGCUGGUGACCGGCGUGUGUAUGCCCAUCCAGCUCAGUAAGGCCAUCACACUGGUGUGGUUCUACGGGGAGACCGUCUGCAAGAUUGUCAACUACAUACAAGGAGUAGCGGUGGCUGCAAGCGUGUUCACCCUCACAGCGAUGUCGGUGGACCGCUGGCUGUCCAUCUCCCCCGAGCCGCGGCUGCGACCCCCCGGGCGACGGCAGGCCUUGCUGCUGCUCUCGCUGCUGUGGUUUGCAGCGCUGCUUAUCUUUAUCCCACUCCUGAUGGUGGCGUCUGUCAGGAAGGAGUCGGUGCCUGUUAUAUCUAAAGCUCAUAGGAAUAUUUCGAUAGAAACUAAGGACGUCCACUUUUGUACAGAGGAAUGGCCCAGUACGGAGACACGAAAACAGUUUGGCACCUUCAGUUUCACCUUAGUGUAUGCAAUACCUGGCUCCAUCACCAUUCUGUCGUACGCUUGCAUGGGGCGAACACUGUGCUCGGUGCGACCACCCUUCGACAUCGACGAGGGAAACGUUAGCAUGCAGCAGGGUCUGAGGCUGAUGAAGGAGCGGAAGCGCGUGGCGUGGAUCCUGCUGCUUCUGGCGGUGCUGUUCGCGUUGUGCUGGAUGCCCUACAACAUUAUGCAGCUCCUUCUAGACAUAAACGUCGUCAACCCCAAGGACUUGAGCAUGUACCUCCCCUAUGCUCUGUUUGUUGGUCACGCAAAUUCUGCUAUCAACCCAAUUGUGUACUGCCUGAUGACGAGGAACUUCCAGAGGUCAGUGCACAAGCUGCUCUGUGGUCGCGCUGUCUGCCAACAGACUAAAUUUACGUGGCGAUGUACUCAGAAGCCCGACGGGUCUUCCAGCGACUACGAGCUUUACCACGAGCCCCACAAGCGCUGUUACUUACACAUGAACACACUACGCUACAACGGUCAUACACACGGAGCGCCGGUAGCGAGAGGGAUCGAAACGCGAGCGACAACGCAACUCAGCCACGUGACGCGAUCGUCGCGUCGCACUGCGCCCGCGCAUGCCUUAUCAGUCGAGAUGUUGCAAAGGCACGGCCAUCUUGAUUAUAAGCGUUAAAGUCAAUGUUUAUGAUACCUUAGUGUUAUCUACAAGUAACUUAUAGUUAAGGAAGAUGUACAGUAUCGUAACUAAGCAACGUGGUGCGAUAAUCGUGUUGCACAGCUCUUAUUACCCAUCGGAAUAUUGCCGAUAUAUGAUUCUAUUAACUAAACAAGCGUUGCUAAAAGAAGCGUAAAAAUGAGCAUAGUAUUCAAGAUACAAAGAUACAACUGUGUCACGUAACGCGAUUGUCUUGACGCAUUUCACCGCGCACGCUUUGCGUGGAAAUGCUACAACUUCAUGGCGGUGUUGACUAAAGCGUAAAUUUAAUGUAAACUUGAUAUUAAUAAUAUGUGUUCAGGGAAAGCCUUACAUUGGCUAAAAGCGUAACAUUGAGGUAACAUGGUAUUGGUAUAAUUAUGUUCAGGGAAGGCCUUUGAUGACAUAACAAUAACAUAAUCGGUCAUGUGAUCCGAUCGUUGAGGGGCGACGCCCCGUCACUGAUGAUCGCACAUACUAUGCCAUCAUUGUACAUGAAUUGUAUAUUAAUAAAAAUAUAUGUACAUGAAUUGCCCUGUAAUUAUAAAGUGAAAUGAAAUGAAACCAAAUCGUAGCUUUUAAGUUAAUAUAUUAUGUUGUACAUAAAACUUGUAAUUUAAAAGCUAAUUUAACUUUAAUAUAAGUGUCCACUGUCUAGUCGAUGU